UCAAAUUACCUGUUCAAAAAACUGCGCGAUCAACCGCCAUAACUGAACCAAACAGCAAGCGGCAAGGCGACCACAACAGUAGUCCACACGAAAAAUCCAUAAUUGUAAUUAUUAUCAGUGGUUAAUUGUGUAAAACAAAUCAACACCAACCAUGGAUGAUGAUGUGUUCGCCACGGACGGUGAUGUAAAUGCCCAUUCGGAGGUAGUGCUGCAAACGAUCAAAAUGAUGCAGCAUCCGGCUUACGAGAAUCCGUACGAGUGGUCCACGGACGAUUUCGAGGUGGGGCGUGCGCUGGGUCGAGGCAAGUUCGGGCGCGUCUAUCUCGCCCGCGAACGGGAAACCGGCUUCAUGGUCGCGAUGAAGGUGAUGUUCAAAUCGCAGCUGACCAAAUGGCACGUCGAGAAGCAGCUGCUGCGCGAGAUCGAAAUCCAGUCGCGCCUCAAACAUCCGCACAUUCUGCGGCUGUACACCUGGUUCCACGACGAUCGACGCAUCUAUCUGGCCCUCGAGCUGGCUGCACAGGGCGAGCUGUACAAGCAUCUGAAGGCGGCACCGAAGGGCCGGUUCGAUGAGCGGCGGUCCGCCCGGUACAUAUCGCAGGUGGCCGAUGCGCUCAACUACUGCCACGCGAACAACGUGAUUCACCGUGACCUCAAGCCGGAAAACAUUCUGCUCACGGACGAGGACAACAUCAAGCUGGCCGAUUUCGGCUGGUCCGCUCACACCAACUCGAACAAGCGCAAAACGAUGUGCGGCACGCUGGAUUAUCUGCCACCGGAGAUGGUGGACGGGAAGAUGUACGACGAUUCGGUCGACCAGUGGUGCUUGGGCAUCCUGUGCUACGAGUUUCUGGUCGGCAAUCCGCCGUUCGAGUCACAGACGACCCAAACCACGUACGACAAGAUCCGGCGGCUGGACAUCGUAUAUCCGCGGCACAUGACCGCGGGUGCGAUUAAUCUCAUCUCAAAGCUGCUGCGCAUUCCGAGCAGCUCCCGGAUCACGCUGCGAGACGUCAUGAACCAUCCGUGGGUGGUGCAGAUGAAGAAGUAAAUGCAGCGGACGGACACCAUUUGGUACCAUUAUAUGUAAGCGCUUUUUACACUGAACUGGACAGUAUGUGUGUUAUGAUAGGUCAAAUCGGAAAGCAUUAGUUCGUGGUAUUGGAGGUGGUAGCUUAAGCUUUUUAAAUAAUUAACUUCAUUAGCUCAUUAGCUUGAUUGGUAAAAA